GGUCGGAACAGCCUGCCUCGACCCAUCUUGUUCCUGGCCGUCGCCCACUGGCAUCGCCAUGCCGCUGUUACUUGCGCGCUCGCUGUUCGCGCGCCAGAAUCCUUUUGAUGAGGCAAAGCAGACGCUCUCAUCAUGGGACAACUGCAUGGCCAAAUCCUACUGCAAAUGGCCCGUCAUUGUUGCAAUCAUCAUCGCCGGUCUGAUUCUCUUCUCCGUCAUCACCUGCAUCGCCCGAUGCAUAUGUUGCGGCGCUGAAUGCGCCUGCUGUUGCUUUCGAUGCUGCACCUGCUGCUGUAGUGGCGGCGGGCGAUCUCACAAGCGCAUCAAGAGCGAGCCGCCCGCCCCCUAUCCUCAGUCGUACGCAGUUCCUCCUGCAAAUCCCUAUGCCCAAGCACAUGCCGCUGCGCCACCUCCGCCUCCAUUGGACCCGAGACCAGUCAACCAGCAAUACCGGUCCAAUCCCAUGCCCACUUUCGCGCCCGCGCAACCAGCCCAGCCAGCGCAAGAAAGACCGCAAUUCGCCACCUUUGACUCGUCCAAGGCUGUGGUCAAUGAAGACGCCCUUCCUGCCAUGCCAACCUGGAAAGAGGGCCGGGAUGUACAUGUACAAGUCGAGGAACAGCCCAUGCCAGAGAAGAAGGGAGAUGUCGAGUUGGACAGGCUGGAUCACAACGGCAGCGUGACAAGUGGAUCCAUUGGGGGCGUAGCCGCGGCAGCAGUACCGGGGGCACGGCGGUCUCCUGGUCCGGGCAGGUCCCCAGUGUCGCAGCGAGAUGACUAUGGCUACCAACAAAACAAUUCUUAUGGAGGCGACUCUGCGCCUUACAACAACCAGGGCCAGUACGGUCAGCCAUACGGUCAGCAAGACCGAUAUCGCCAAGGCUCGCCUGCGCAGAAGAUAUCUCCAGUAUAUGGUGCAGGUGCUGGAUACGCUCAGCAGCAGCAGCAGCACCCAUACCAGCAACAGCCGUAUGGUCGACAGUCACCAGGUCCAAAUACAGCAUACAACUCGCGCGACCACCUGAGCGAAUACAAUGAUAUACCAGCAGCCUACAACCAGCCACCAGCCGCCUACGACCACCCACCAACAACCUACGGCCAGCCACAAACAUCAUACAGUCAGCCAGCACCAUAUCAGAACCUGCAAGAUACCUAUGGCCGGCAAGAGUACCACGAUGCGCCAAGCUAUGACUACCAGGCUCCACCAGCGUCGAAUCCAUAUGGCUACAACGCAAGCAUAGCCCCUUCAUACCACACACACGACCCAGCGCCAAUGGAGAAACCACCGUUGCCAGCAUCACCCGCAUCACCACCUCCAUCCCUUGUGCCAGGCCGCCCAACGCCAGCCCCAACGCCCGCACCAGCAUACCCGGGCCAACGCUCCUACACACCUGCAGCAGACACUGCACCACAGCGGACGUCGCCGCCACCACAGGUCCCAGCACAGCAGCCCUACCGAGCCUUUACGCCGGGCGUUGAACAACAAAAACCACAGCAACAACAGCAGCAGCAGUACACGGGUGUAAACAGAAAGGCAGUGGAUGGAUCAUAUAGGGAAUUAUAACCAAACACUCCAACAUGGGGAUACA